AUGACCAAGAAAGCUCUAUUCGUAAUCGACACUCAAGCCGAGCUUGUUUCGAUUCCCAGUACUGCCAUGCCCCAUGGUGCACGCGUUUGCGAAGUCGGUGGUCAGAUCCUCGACCGUGCGCGACGCGUUCCCAAAACAGAACUUGAGAUUAUUAUCGUUCAACACUACGAAGAAGCAAGCGAUCCGAAUGCAACAUUAAUCCGCGGGAGCAAGGCGUGGGAAUUGGCUUUACCUCCUCGAGAGGGAGCCGAGAAUGAACGAGUUGUCGAGAAAACUACGGGUGAGUCACGGGUCAUGGCUACAAAUUCUGGAGUCUAUUUGACAUAUGGGAUAGGCGAUACCUUUGAAUCGAACCCGUCACUAGCGCAUGACUUGAAAAGUCGGGGCGUGACUACUAUCGUGGCCUUUGGGGUUCAGAGUGAAUGUUGCGUGCGCGCUACUUGCCGCGGAGCUUUGAAAGCGGGAUUUGAUGUGGUGCUGCUUCAAGGGGCGCAUUCUACCUAUAACAAGGCAGAAACGGGUCAAAGUGCAGAAGAUAUUGAGAAGGAGAUUGAACACGAGCUACAGUCUAUCGGCGUUCAGAUCGUGCCGUGGGAUCAGUAUGCCCUUUGA